AUGCCACCCAAGCUUCCACUCAAAGCUGAGCCUGCUGCCAAAGCCGUCAUCAAGAGAAUUACUAGCAAACUCGGAAAGGGAGCAGGAGGAGAAAUCAAGACGGCUUUUGGCAAAUUUAAGGAUGGAAAAUGGUUCCCCAAAGUUGAAUCAGGAAGUCCCCCUACAAAGAAGAGAAGAAAGUCCAAGACGUCGGCGACUAAACAACGUACCAACAAAUCUGAAGAAAUCGUUAUCGGCAGUGACAAGUCGUCGGAGGCAGAUCCUGAUUCCGAUGAAGAUAUUCCGGAAUUGACUGAAGAUUAUCUCCGUAUCCGAGUGCAAAGAUUUGGCUACCAAGGAGAUGCUGAUGCCUUUGUGAAGGAACUCCUCACGCAAGCCGAAAAUGACGAUACCUUUCAAGAUUUGUCCGAGGAGGAUUCGUGGGAAAAAAUCGAUAACCUCAUACGUGAGACCCACGAAAGAAAUGAAAACUUGGAGGAAAAUGGCGAAGGAUCUCUCCAACUCCAACCUCGCAAGCCUGAGGCAGACGUCACAAAGUGGUCGCUUGUUGUUCCGGACGAAGAAGAAGACAUUGUUAAGGAAAUCUCAAAGAUGAGAUUGGAUCAGUAUGACUGCGAAGAUACGGUAGUUGCAAGAUUGCUUGUUCUUCUAUCCUGGACUGGAACUGAAAUUAUGGAAUCUGCUACAAAGGCUGCAACUGCGUACUUGAUCAACAAGAUUAAAUCUUUUCGGAUUUCCGCACUUGUGCCCAUCAUAGUUCGAAAAAUUCAAGCUCAUCGUCCAUUAAAGGUGAAGCCAACUGGAUCAAAGUAUGAUGGAAUCAUUGAUUUUUUGACCAAAGGAGAGCCCGAGAUGAUUCUGACAAGGCAACUCUUAGCAUACUACUACAUUCAUCUUGAAGUGGAGAAAUAUUCUCAAAACGAGGAUCAGCCAGUAACAAGUCGCAAAGGAAAAGGUGUUACUAAGAACAAAAUUGCUAAAGGGUCGGCAUAUCUUCGUUUUGCCAGAACUUUCGCUGGUGAAGAUACAUGGAAGAUUUUACCUGAUGCUAAAAAAGAUGAAUUCGUGAAGAAAUUCCAGCUAUUCAAAGCCUACGGAAAGAAAUUAUCAGUUUUGGUUGACGCUUUCGGUGUUGGCAUUUUAUUAUCUCUCAACGCAGAAGACACCGUCAAAGUUGGUAACUUGGCCGUCACCAAAUGGUCUAGUGCGGUCCCAAAAGCACUCGUAGAGAUGGCUCGUCGCUUUCCUGACGCUGAAGAGUUUAAGAAGAUUAACGGAAUCGUGUCGAGCAUAGUACACCAAUUGGUUACCGAUGAGAUUGAUUCAAAGGAAGCGCUUGAGCCAGUUUUGAGUUACAUUAUGGAGAACCAACACAAUCCAGUCUACAAGUCAAUCGUGGACAGUUUGAAUCCCAAUCCAAAGUAA